AUGGCGCGGAGAAGCCAGACUCUGAUGGUGCAGAAGAUUCAGCAGCGCCCGACAGUGACGAGAACGCACCAGACAGUGUUGAUGAAGGACAAGCACGCAAUAGCGAUGGAGAUGAAGACGAAGACGAACAACAGAGUGGAGACCAGGCCCCGGACGAUAGUGGCACGG